ACCAUCUUGCUUGCUUCUCCUCCCAUCACCAAACACCACUGCCGAUAAGCGACCGAGCCCAUCAGCACGCCCUCUGUGCUGCUGGCCACGAUCCCAAUGUUCUCAAACUCCGUCAGGCGCAUCGUACUACCCACCGCUGCUGCCGCUUCGUCAUCGACCUGCACCGCUUCCACUGCGGCCUCAUCAGUGCGCGGUGUUGCCGCCGUCUCGCAUCGCAGUCAUCAGCGCAGACUCUCCUCAUCGAAGACUUCCGUGCCGCCGGAUAAUGCAAAACGAGUUGCCAUAGAGCAGGGCAAACAGAAGAAUGCCGAAGGAGGACGCGGAACAAGGAAGAAUCGGGUGAGAACCACGAGAGCAAAUGGCGCGGCGAGUGAGAAGAAGGCAGCGUUAGUGCCUCUGAGCAAGCUGUAUCCGGACUUGCCGGAGCCUGUGAGAAACACGAACCAUCUUAGGCGAGAAGAUCUCGCCGUGAUGCAACUCUUCGCCGGCCAUCUUCCCAUAUCACCGAACCAUAUCAUUCCUCAGCCAGUAUCUGAUGACCAGUUUGAGGCUAUUUUCAAGCCGAAACCUCACUGGCAGAAGUACAAGGACACACUCGACCAGUUGAAUGGCGCUAUCGCCACCCUUGAAGAAGCAGGCGUGGUUGAAGGCGUGGACGAUGCCGUUGAGAUCGUCCAUCUCGAUGCAGCGGAUAGCGUCGCCGACCCUCUUUCGCAUUAUUAUCGCAUGAACCGUCCGCCACCACCGCCAAGACCAGUUGACGAAUUUGAGCAUGAAAAUGCGAAAGCUCCGCGCAGACGCCCACGCAAGGGCAAGAGCUGGCAGACUACGAUCACCGUGACAGAGUGGACAGAUGGCCAAGGUCAUCGGACCUUCCAUGCAGACAGUACGCCAAUUGUCCGCGUUCCGCAUACGGAGAUCCGCGUGAUUGAGGAACCCUUACCCACGCAGGACGUCUCGAUACGUCAGCCAUUCUUGGAGCGCAUGCGCGCCAGACAAGAGAAAUGGCAUGCAUUCCAGACUGCUAAGAUCAGAGAAGCCACCAAGAAACCGAAAAUGUUACUCAUCAGCGUGAGAAGACAAAGAAAGGUCAAGAUGAAGAAGCACAAGCUUAAGAAGCUGAGAAAGCGAACACGCAAUCUGAGGAGAAAGCUUGGCAAGUUGUAGAGUGGAGGAUGGCCGAAUUAUUGGUGGUCGCGUGGGUUCUCUCCUUUAUCAAUUUCCUCUUGGGCGAUGACAACACGAUCGACUACUUUCGGUUCAUACUGUUGCAUGGCAUGGCGUCUGCUGCUACUUGCUGAUGAGAGGUUCUCGCGCUUUGCUAUUAUACUUCUGCAUGGCCGUGUACCUUUUCUCCAGGUGCGCAGUCCAAAUAGACUUUUGCUUUGUACUUGCCUUUGCAUGCGUUUGUAAGAGCUAGAGCGAUUAUUUUGUCUUUUUUUUAUUGCAUAGUCCUCCAAGCUCAAGCUUCAUCUUACAUAAGAUUCCUUGUACUCAGCGUCUCCUUCUCGUAUCACGGCUCAUAUUUCCCGGAAUUUUUCUUGAAAUCCGCUUUCACUUCACAUUCGGCUUCAAACCCAUUUUGAAAAUAGGACUGUCCCUGAAUGUUGCAUAGUUGUGGAACGCGAUUGCCUGCUCCUUACUGAUCUCGACUUCCUCUCCUCGUUUCAAGACGCCGGCAUCAUAUUCUUUGAUGGCGUCCUCCAAAGUUCUCUUCCCCGCCUCCACCGACUUCAUUGCGUUGACGAAUUCGAGCGCAUCCUUGAUAGCAAGAUUACCCCCUUGACCGCGAUGGAACGUCAUUCUAUUGGCUAAUCAGCUCUCAACGCCGGAGCCAGAGAGAUGUGCAGCUCAAAACAUACGAGUGUGCUGCAUCUCCGCUAAGUGUUACACGUCCGCCAUGGCUGUUCCAUGACUUUGGAUGCCAUAUUCGCAGCUGAUCCGGCUUUAUAGUCACAUCAUCCGGCAACCACUCCACGGCCGACUUAUACGGAUCCGCCCAACCAUCCAUCUUUCCCUUCAGGCGCUGCAGCCUCCGUUUCGAACCUUUAGCUGUUAUGUCAUCAUCGGUAUCCCCCUCUUCGGUUGGCCAGGUGACCAGGAGG